GGUGCCGCUGUCACUCUGUUGCUCGGGUCGAUUAAACGAACAGAUCCGCGGGUUUGUUCGUGGAGGAUGCGCAGGUUUUGCACUUUUUCCCUGCACUUUUAGGGAAUAAACUGGCGCGAUACAUCACCGACUGAGACUGGGACACACGGAGGAAGCGCGGGAUCCAUGUUUUAUAACGACAAAACCCACAACUACCAUGAGCUCCAUUGACCCUCCCUCCACAACAUCCGCCCAAACUCAACCCAAGCUCCGUGCGGUCCCCAUCCACCAGCGCUGGGACCUUCUGGUGCCGUGUGCCGACUUGGUGAACUCCGAGUGGAAGCGCAGUACAGCCGCCCGCGUCCACAGUUUACAGAAAUCCUGCUCAGAAUUCCCAGUUUGCCUCGUUCUCCUUCAGGGCGAGAAGGCGUGCGAGAAAAUCCUCGGGCACUCCAGACUGUCCCUCGUGGUCGGCAAAAGCAGCAGUCUGUUUGUGGAGUCGGUGGUCGUGGCCAAAACGGAGAGAGGGAAAGGCUACGGGCGAGCGCUGAUGGAAGAAACGGAAAAAUACGCGAAGAAGAGAGGGUUCAAGCGGCUUUAUUUAACCACUCACGACAAGCAGCAUUUCUAUAAACGCAUGGGGUUCGUUCUGUCCGCGCCGGUUCAAAACGCAGGUGCUAUGACCGCUUUCGUUCCCAUGGAGACUAUCCUGAAAUUUUCACCUCGGCAACCGCUGAAUGCGACGGAAAAUCUGCCGGAAAAAACGCAAAUAUGCGAAGAUGCCGGCGCAAAACGUCAAAACUUGCCCCCUCCGCCGCCACCGCUUCCUGUCUCGAAUGUCCCGCCUCCACCUCCGCUUCCUGUCUCGAAUGGUCCUCCUCCGCUUCCUGUCUCGAAUGUCCCGCCUCCACCUCCGCUUCCUGUUUCGAAUGUCCCGCCUCCACCUCCGCUUCCUGUCUCGAAUGUCCCGCCUCCACCUCCGCUUCCUGUCUCGAAUGUCCCGCCUCCACCUCCGCUUCCUGUCUCGAAUGGUCCUCCUCUGCUUCCUGUCUUGAAUGUCCCGCCUCCACCUCCACUUCCUGUCUCGAAUGUCCCGCCGCCUCCUCCGCUUCCCGGUUCCCCGCCAAACCCGCCGUCUUGCCCCGUUCCUCCUCCUCCUCCUCAUCCGCCCAAGUCCGUGGUCCAGACCCUGACUGAAACGCCUUACAGAGACAUCAGAGGACGGCCCGUCUUUUGGAUGCACAAAGACAUUUAGUAUUUGGUAUUUAUUUUUGUAGUUUUAUCACAAUCUUCCAUUAUGUUUACACUAUUACCUAUUUACACUACCGAUCAAAAGUUUUAGAACAUCCUCAUUUUUCGAGUUAUUUAUUGCAAUUAAAGUCGUGCAAGUCCAAUGAAGAGUUUGAAAUGGUACAAAGGUAAAAACUGAACAGCCAGAGGUUAAAAAAAAGAUAAAAGAUGCAAAACACAAGUCCAAGCUCUGCCAGAACUACCUCAGGAAAAAAGAACAAGAUGAUAAAGCUUGAAAACACGGACUGUCCAGCACAGUGUCCAGACUUAAACCCCGUCGAGCUGGUUUUGGGAUGAACUGGACAGAAGAGUGAAAAAGAAGCAACCUACAAGUGCCACACAUUUAUGGGAACUUCUGCAACAGACUUGGGAAGAACUUUGGAAAAAUAUUUGAUUUCUAUUGUAAAAAAAACGAGCCGCGAGUGUGUUCAGCUGUUAUAUCUGCCAAAGGUGGACACUUUGAUGAAUCAAAACUUUAGAAUACGUUUUGAUCAACAGUAAACAGUAAAAAAAUGGUAAAAGUGUGGUGUUAUAAAACUUUUGACCGGUAGUGUAUCUCACCAUAUUACAUGAAAAAAUACAUUUAAUCUUUUCAAAUCCGUGUAUCAUUCGUUCAUUCGUUUUUCAAUAUAAAACCAUGAAUAAGAAAACGAUAAAACAACCGCCACAAACGGAUAACAGCCGUUUCCCGUUUAUGUGACUUCUGUGACUGCGAUGCCGGAUUUUUGCACCGUGUACGGACUGAUCCAGGUCCGGGACCAGAGUGGGACCAGGGCGAACUCUGAGCUUUGACUCCGAGCCUCGGCUUCGAGCUCCAGCCCUGCGCCUCCGGUCUGGUCCCGGCCUGGUCUCGUCCUGGUUUCAGUUCUGAUCUCAGUCCCGGCCUGGUCUCGUCCUGGUUUCAGUUCUGA